GUUCGGGAUUCAAAGUCUUUGGAUUAAGUCGCAGAAAUUAAAUAAAAAAUCUUUAACAAAAUGAACUUCGCUAUUGUUGCUUUGGCCCUUUUGGGUGUUGUUGCCGCCGAUGUCUCCCAUUUGAACAACAUGUACUUGCCUCCCGUACUUGCUGGUUUGGCACCCAAACAACACGUUUCUUAUGCCCAAGAAACCCAAGAAAUUCCCCAAGCCUCUGUACAUGAAGUUGUUGGCAACUCAGUUGUCGAAGAAGCUGCUGCUGCCCAAGAAGAAGCCCAAAAGGCCAGUGGUCAUCUUGUUGUAGAAAGUGUUAAGUUUGGUGGUGCUAGUUUCGGUGGUGCCGUUCAAGGUCAUGCUGCUGCCGCUGUUGUCCAACAUGUUCAAACCGCUGCUGCCGUUGCCCAUCAAGUUCAAGCUCAUGCCCAAGAAGUUGUUGCUGCUGCUGUAGAAGCUGAAGCUCCUGCUGCUCCCGGCUCUGAAGUUUACCAAUCUACCCAUCAACAAGCCGCCUACUACACCCAAGUUAGCCAACAACAAGAACAAGAACAGGAACAACAACAAGAAGUACAAGAACCCGAACAAAAAUACUACACCGGUUUGGUAUACAACCAAGGACAAGAAGCCGUUGAACAACAUCAAGAACAAGAAGUUCAAGCUGAAGUUGCCGCUCCCCAACAAACUGCUUUCUAUGGCCAACAACAACAAGAAUUCCACCAUGUUGAACACCACUCUGGACCCCAACACUCUGCUGUUCAUGUUGAACACCAUGUUGCUGUUUCUGCUCCCGUUGCCCAAGAAUUCUCCCAACAUCAAGAACAACAAGCUGACUACUUUGGUCAACAAUCUGCUGGUUCCUCUGCUUCCUCUUCAUCUUCCUCUGGUGUUGAAACCCAAUAUGCUGCCAAUGGUGGUUACGUUUAUUAAAUUUAGUCCUAAGCUCCCAUUUUAAACUCGAACAACUAGAAUUUAACUAAAAAAUUAAAAUAAAAAAAAAAAUAUUAUAACACAAA